CAGACGCGGCGAGAGAAAUGCUCAGCGCUCAGGAGAACUGAAGAGACAAAGGGCUGCCUCGCACACUCACUCUGAGAGUCCGAAGGACACGACCUAGAUGAAAUGAAUGGAAUUUUUGUUUGAUUUCCUUGAAACAAGCUCGAUAACGCUGGAACGGGUGAGCAUUGGGUUUCGGAAGGAAACAUACUGUAAAUCUAACUGUCUGAGGCUCGUCCGGAGGAACUGAUAACCAUCAGUUUGGCUUUAACACAAAGGCUCCGAGCAACGUAAUCUUGUUAAGUUGCGUAUGUUCUGCAGCCGAGCAGACAGAGGUGAAAAAAAACCUUCCAGGUGUUGAGAAAGCAUCUAGACUAGUUGUUGAACCCAUCAGUUGUUGUGCAAAUCGCUGGACGGAAGGAUUCGCUCAUCUUUGUUCGGACUGUGUUCAUCUGUGAUGAGACUGACGAAAAUCAUCCACAACUUUGAGCUAGGGUUUGUGAAACACGAAUGAACAGAUGCGUGAAGACAUACCGUGUGUUUCAGCACCCGAGCUGCUGGACAGCGCCUGUGGAGAGUUUCCUGCGUCUCUGCUUUCAGCCCCAACGAGGAAACAUGUAUCGUUACACCGUUUCAGAAAAUAAAUAAACUAUUGUUUCCCCUUAAACUACGCUUUAGUCUGAAAUGACAGAACGCAGGUAAUGAGAACAGAGGAAAACAUCCCCGUAUGGUGAAAUAUAGGAUAAAAUGUCUGCUCUUCGUAAGAAAUUUGGAAGCGACUAUCAGGUAGUGACCACCACAUCUUCCAGCCAUCAGAAAGACAAGAGGAGGAAACGACAGCGGUUUGUCGACAAGAAUGGACGAUGCAACGUCCAGCAUGGAAACCUGGGUGGAGAGACCAGCAGAUAUCUCUCAGACUUAUUCACAACUUUAGUAGACCUCAAAUGGCGAUGGAACCUCUUCAUCUUCAUCCUCACAUACACAGUAGCCUGGUUAUUCAUGGCUUCGAUGUGGUGGGUCAUCGCAUACAUCAGAGGGGACCUGUACCGAACCCAUGAUGAGAAGUACACACCAUGCGUGGCCAACGUCUAUAACUUUCCCUCUGCUUUCCUCUUCUUUAUUGAGACAGAGGCCACUAUAGGAUAUGGCCACAGAUACAUCACUGAUAAAUGUCCAGAAGGAAUCAUUCUCUUCCUGUUUCAGUCCAUCUUGGGCUCCAUAGUGGAUGCCUUUUUAAUAGGCUGUAUGUUUAUUAAGAUGUCUCAACCCAAGAAGAGGGCAGAGACACUGAUGUUUAGUGAAAACGCAGCCAUCUCCAUGCGUGACGGUAAACUUACGCUGAUGUUCAGGGUGGGAAAUCUGCGCAAUAGCCACAUGGUUUCAGCCCAGAUUCGGUGUAAAUUACUCAAGUCCCGACAGACGCCCGAGGGUGAGUUCCUCCCCCUGGAUCAGCUGGAGCUGGAUGUGGGCUUUAGCACCGGAGCGGACCAACUCUUUCUUGUGUCACCACUCACAAUCUGUCAUGUGAUUGACACCAAGAGCCCCUUCUAUGAGCUCUCACAGCGAUCCAUGCAGACUGAACAGUUCGAAAUAGUCGUGAUUUUGGAGGGUAUUGUUGAAACGACCGGCAUGACUUGUCAAGCACGGACAUCGUACACAGAGGACGAGGUGCUGUGGGGCCACAGAUUCUACCCGGUCAUCUCUCUGGAGGAGGGCUUCUUUAAAGUGGAUUACUCUCAGUUCCACGCCACAUUUGAGGUUCCUACACCUCCCUACAGUGUGAAAGAGCAGGAUGAGGCAUUACUCAUGUCCUCUCCACUCAUGGCCCCAUCUCUGUGCAACAGCGGAGAGAAGAACAGCUCCCUGGACUGCCUGGAACUGCUGGAGGAUCAGGAGAGCACGACCAAAUUACCAACCAAGGUGCAGAAGAUGACAGGUAGAGAUGGGCUGCCCAGGAAGCUCCUGAGAAUGAGCUCCACCACAUCAGAAAUGACAUACAGCUUUGGCGAAUUGCCCAUGAAGCUCCAACGCAUCAGUUCUGUGCCUGGGGUCUCAGAGGAAAAGCAGAUUACCAAGACAACUAUGAUUGCGACAGAGUCCAUCAGCAAAUCAGUUGCAGACUUGCCACCAAAACUGCAAAGACUGGCUGGGGGAGGAGGCCGCAUGGACGGACACCUGCCCCCCAAACUCAGAAAAAUGAACUCUGAUCGUUUCACAUAGAAUAACUUUUUUCUUCAGCUGUUGUCAAAAGGGUCCUCAUUUAAUCUGAGAUGUUAAGAGUGUAUAUACAGUAUAGACAGAUAAACCAUAUAUGCUGUACUAAUGAAGUAGGUUAACAAAAUUCAAAAUGUCUGUUCCUGUGGAGGCUUCAUACACAGUGAACAAACCCAUUCAGGUUGUUGUUACUACAAGCACAAUCUGGUAUGGAUAACACCCUCAAGUGCAUGUUAAAAAAAAAAAAAAAAAAAAAUAAAAUUCUCUCCCUCUGAUGGCAUGACAAGCUGUACAUAUUUAUUUGCCAAGGAAAUUUUAGCACAUAUUCAUUUCUUCAAGCCAUAUGCCGAUAUAGCGGACAGUUCCUCCUAUGUGGCUAAUUAGGAGUUAUUCAAGUCACACAGUUGCAUUGUUUACCAUAAUAUCUGUUUAUCUAGCUUAUGUUACAAUGCAUGUUUAACUUAACAAAGGUGGUAAAUAGAUGUUCAGACAUACAAACACUAAUUCAUUGUUUUAGUGUUCAUACAUGCUUUAUUUGGAUUUCUCCUGUGCAUGGUUGCUAACUGCUAGACCAGUAAUGCCAAUAAUCUUCUUACAGCAUAAAAACAUAAUUUGUUUAUUAAUUAUUUAGAAUAGUAAAGCUAUUAAACACAGAACAAACAACAUUAUUGAGAAUUAUCAAUAAAUACAUAACUGUGGUAAGCUUUUUAUGGUAUUUAUAUUUACUGAGAAUAUUAGAAAAGGGGGAAAAAAGAAAACUCAGUUUAGAAAAGCUGGUAUCGGUAACACCUUCAUAAUAAUUCACCCCAAAAAUUAUUAUUAUUAUUAUUUAUCUCCCUCAAGUGAUUUGAAUGCGGUCUCGCUUUAUUUUGAUGAAAGAGAAGAUGGUUCGCAAAAUGUUGAUGCUGUACUUUUUAAACAAAUGAAUGCAGAAAUAAAUAAAAUAAAAAAUAAUCAAAUAAAUAAAAACAUUUGGUAAAACAUCUUUCCAGUAAGUCUCAUUAGUUCAUGUUAAUUAAUGCUUUGACUAACAAUUAGCAAUACAUUUGUUACAGUAUUUAUUAACCUUUGUUAAUAUUAGUUUUGUAACCAUAAUUAUAAGGAUUUUAAUAAAAGUUGAAAUAAAAAUUGACAGAUUAAUACAUGCUUUAGGUUUUUUUUAUUAUUAUUCAUGUUAACCAAUACAUUAAUUAAAAUUAACUAACAGUAAAAAAAACAAAAAACCUCUAAAGCAUCUUUGUCUAGUAGAGCUUUGCUGUAAAGUGAUACCAAACAGUCUAAAGUAAUAUAUGCUAUAUUCCAAGCUGAAAAUCAACACAAUGCACCCAGCAUGUCGCAAAAUGUGUUUUAUUUACACUCAUUUAGUGGAGGAAUUCUGUGUUUACUUUGCAUGCUGCUUUUCUUUAAUGCUAGUGAUCCAUAAAUUACACAAACCACCAUAAAUACUGGACAUUUCAAAGUAUUUUACAGCAAAUAGUUUCUAAAGCAGAUUACUUGACAGGGACUUUGAAAAAAAAAAGGUUAGGUCAUUAGGACUCAAUGUAAUCCCCUCUAUCCACAUUAUUAAAUUAUUUCUUCAUAAUAAGUCAGGUGAAGAAUCAAAGAAUGAAAUAUCUGCUUCUGCCUCUUCAACUUUUAAUAACCCCGGACUUAAGUGCACCUUCUGCCUUAUUGAAAAGGAUUUAAAGGAAGGUUAAUUUUAUUCCCCCUGUCACCACCACCGCCGCCGCAGCCAUUUCUUUCAGAAUUGGAAUGUAAUCAUGGGCGUCUACACAGUCAGUGAAGUAGACCUGAGCGUUAGAAGCCUUGAUUGGCUGGUCCUUUAAUGUGCUGCAGUAGUGUCUGAAUCCUGUUAAUGCACCCUCACUGAACACCUCUCUCCCAAGAGAUUUUUGGCUUGAAUUGCCAUGGAGAUCCCUGCACUUUUGUCCAUUAGGCACAGCAUCAUUAAACAAAGAGAGCUGUCACUUGAGUGUUUUACACCUGCACCCUUAUAGAUCACCACUGCUGUAUAAGCUGAACAGAUGAGAGGUGGAUUGAGAUCCACUCCAGGCAUAAGCAGUUGCACUAAAUAAUCUAGUGACUAAAUAUUCACUCUGACAGACCGACCCCUCGCUAUCAUCCUCUCAGUCACUUCUUUAUGUUGCUGGCUUUGCUAUUAAAGUCCUUUUGACUCUCCAUAACGGGUCUGUGGUCAUUAUAAAUGAAGAAAAUAAUGAGGAUUGUGGCUGAAAUCAAUACCCAAUUAAAUGUUGUCUAUAAAACCAGUCAACCAGUCUUUAAUGAACAGUUUGUUAAUUAGUUCUAUUGAUUUCAGAGCUGGGUCAUUCUCAGGAAACAUCGCUAUUAGUGUCUGUUAAUUUCAGCAAGGUGGCCUAAUAUGCUAUUGGGAAUAUCAUAAAUAUAAGUGGACGACUUGGAAAUUGCACUUAUUACAAUUAUAACUUGACAAAUAUUUUGAUAGUUGAGUUAGGAUGACAAACAAUGGAUUAGAUAAAUUUUCAGCAGUGAAUGGUAGGUUCAUGAAUUCUUCGAAAUGCUGUGUUAGAUGUCGCAGUUAUCAAGUAAAAAUUGAUUACAUUAAUAAACUUUAUUACAUUAAUAAAGUUCACUAUCAUCUUAAUUUUCAGACAAAUUAAGCCAUAUUUCUGAAAAUCAUCCAGCACCUUUAUUAUCAUCCAUGUUUAAUUUAAAUAGUACUUUAAUUUUGGAGUUUGUGGGGGGGGGACAUUAGUUUCUACUGUGGAUUUGGGUGUUGGCUGAGGAACAGAGUGUGUGGGUAUUUCUGUGCAAUUUAUUGUGGAUGCUGUAUGUACUAAGUAACAAACAGCAUUUGUUUGCUUGUUGAUUAUCUACUAUACUUGCAUAGAUUCCAAAGUCCCUGGUUGGAAGCACAAGUUGGAAUCCAAACGAUUUUAUCUAUCUCACAUUCACAGGCAUGUUACAUCCCCACAUUUGAAAUGCAAUGCAGAAUUACACUGUAUAUUAACACAAGGCUGGCACAGCAUUUUCGAAGAACUGUUUUGGAACCUUCACACUACAUCAUAUGUAUA